AUGGAGGGGAUGGGUGCAUUCGGAAACUAUGAUCUUGGAGGUCACAAUAUUAUUAAUGAUUUUGAGUUGCAAGACUUCAUAGUUGAUGCAAACUUCGACCAGUUCAUCGAUCUUAUUCGAGGAGAGAAUGAAGAUCCGGCAGCCCAAUUUGAUCUCGACCUUAUCACGGGGUCAUGUUUGGAUAACCAGCUUGCUCCAACUUCUAAUCCGGUUGGCUUGUUUGGUUUUCAUGAUGAUACUACAAUGCUAAGCGAUCCAACUCCUUUCCUUACUACAUUACCGAGUUUUGGCGGAGAAAUGAACCACUUUGUAGAAGAAGAUAACGAUGGGAACGAUUCGAGUGGGACAACGACAACAACCACCACCACGGCCACAACGAACAAGAAGGCAAAGGUUGAUCGGUCGAGAACCUUGGUUUCAGAAAGGAAGAGGAGGGGAAGGAUGAAGGAUAAACUCUAUGCAUUGCGGUCCUUGGUUCCUAACAUUACUAAGAUGGAUAAGGCGUCCAUUAUUGGAGAUGCUGUGUUGUAUGUGCAAGACCUGCAAAAGCAGGCUAAUAACCUGAAAGGUGAAAUUUUACAACUUGAGGCAUCCUUCGCAGGAUCAGAGGAAAAUGUAGGAUCAACGAAGAAGAAGGUAGUUGAAGAUAACCAUCUAGUGCCCAAGGGAAUAAUUCAGGUAGAUGUGUAUCAAGUAGAGGAGAAAGGCUUCUAUGUAAAAGUGGGAUGCAACAGAGGAGUCGGGGUGGCCACUGCACUUUACAAAGCUAUAGAAUCACUUACGAGCUUCAACGUUCGGAAUUCUAACUUGAACAUGGUUGAUUCUACGAAAUUCGAAAUAACACUCACUCUGAACGUAAAAGAGUGCGAGCAGGAGAUCAUGAACUUACCAAAUUUGAAGCUUUGGGUGACGGGGGCUUUUCUGAACCAGGGUUUUGAAUUAGCUACAUGCUUUUGA